GCUUUGUACAUGCUCGCAGCACUGAGGAACCCAAAGAAGGAGAUCCGUACGUAGACCCUGGUCGGUUUGCCACAAUAAAAUCGUCGUACGCUACAGGGCAUUGGGUCUGGUAAAGAAGAGCUUGUAGCUAUGGAUGUGAAGCGGCUGGAUGACGACACGAUGUUACAGAUUCUUGGGUGCUUGGAUACCGACGAGGAUAUCGCCCGUGCCGGUGCAGUGUGCCGCUCGUGGCACAGACUCGUUGUUGAUGGCCGACUUUGGAGGCGGCUGUGCAUGAUCCGAUUUCCAGAGCUGGAAGUGUUUCGGGAGGUGGCUGAGCAAUCCAGCGGUGUCGACUGUACUACUGUAGAGCUUUCUAAAUCGCGGUCUGUGGAGGAGGACAUUCUGAGACGCGAGCACAAGGUGUUCUGUGACUUCUACUACUCCCUGACGAGGACAUCGUCGACGAGGAGCAGCUACAUCUGGAAUGCACUGCAUGCUUCGAGCACCGACAAUCCCAAUGAGGACGUAAUUCAGACGCUCUAUCCACACCCGAAGCGGCUCUCGUCAGGCUCGCCGUCGUACUGGUCUAGCACAGGCCAGAAAUUGGAAACUGUUCCAGAGUUUUUGACUUACCGGAUGGUCACACCUCUGUGUGUCGUGGAGGAGAUAAAGUUGAGGCCUUUUGAAGCUUUCUUUCAGUACGGGAGCCCAAUCUACUCGCCGAAAUUCGUUCGAUUCUACUUUGGAUACCAGGCUUGCCGUGCUCCUGGUGGACACUCUUGGAGCAAUCCUCACCCCGAUGGGAACUACGUUUGGAAGUAUGUUUCGCCGAUGUAUCCCGUGGAACAGGCUGAUUCACUGCAGACAUUUCGUCUUCCAAGGCCGGUCGUGUGCAUUGGUGGAAUCUUCCAGGUGGAGCUCGUCGGGCGUGUCCAAAAACAAUCCACGGAUCAGCUCUAUUACAUCUGCAUCUGUCACGUAUCGGCGCAAGGCAGCUCGCUCCAGCGGUACGACUUCGAGAUCAAAGAUCCCAAAAGCUUCGUGCUCAAGAGCCUCUCGAAACCGAUAGAAGAAGAGAAAGAAGAGGAGGAGGUCGAGGAAUUCUUUCGCGACGAAGAAGACGAGGAGUUCUUUCGCCGCCUUCGCCCGGAAUUAAUCGUGUGGGGAAGGCCGGUUUUCGAGGAUGACGAUCUGGGAGAAUACUAAUGUGAUCCUAUCCUUUAAUCUUAAAGGUCUUUCUAUUA